AUAAGCACGAGCAAAAGCAGCUCAGGAUAGAGUAAUAUCAUUUCCUUGUACGAGCAUUUCACUCAUUUUUACAUUUACCGAGCAUUUCGCUGCGAAUCUAUUUUGUUUUCCUUAAUGCGUACCGGAUGUAUCAAGUGUAAUUACGUGUCCAAACAAGCCGUUUGAUCCCCAUUCUCCACGUCAGAGGACACCCUGUAUAAGUCUGCGGUUAGCUAUGUGCGGUUAAUUCUGUUUCCGUCCGAGCGCGGCGAACUUCAGGCGCCGAUAGCUGUGUGUACGUGCCAGAGAGACGAUGGAGAAGAUCGUUUGACGAGGAUCGCGUAUCACGAAACAAGUUACUGGUAAUCCGUCACGGAAAUCACCGGAUCAUAUCCGUUUCAAGAGACAUUCCUCCUCGAUGACUGACGCGAACACAACCGAAAAAAGCUCGCGGUUGUCAGAUGCUUCUUGCCUUUACCCUUGACAACACACAACAUAUGCAAAUUCGAAAUGUCAACAUCAGGAGAUAGAGGAACCUGCUUCCACACAAUGCGCCGCCUGAUAAGAGAUUUCUUAGAUGGAACUCGCUUCAUAUGAAUCGUUUUGUGAUACCCAUCGUUUCUGGAAUAAUGUAACCAGGAAGUGUGUACAUGUGUGUGUGUGUGCGCGCGACAAAUAGUCUAUUUUUAUUGUAAAUUGCAACACUAAAUAGCAACAAUGGGUUCCAUUGCCUUGGAAGAAUAUGAACUUAUGAAAGACUCUAAAUAUAGAGUCUAUGUGUCUGCAGUUGACAAAGCUCUAAAGAGCUUUGAAUAUACUAGCGAAUGGGCAGACUUAAUUUCUGCGCUGGGAAAAUUAAACAAAGUACUGCUAAGUCAUAUGAAGUUUCCAGUUAUUCCUAGAAGAAUUAAAAUAUCCAAAAGAUUGGCACAGUGUAUGCAUCCUGCUUUACCAUCCGGUGUUCAUUUGAAAGCUCUAGAAACCUAUGACAUUAUUUUUAAGUGUAUGGGCACUAAUAGAUUGAGUCAUGAGCUCUUCAUAUAUAGUGCUGGUUUAUUCCCAUUAUUGGGUCAUGCUGCUAUGAAUGUAAGACCAUCUUUACUGACUGUAUACGAAACUCAUUUUGUGCCUCUUGGAGAGAGAUUACGGCCUGGAUUGAGCGGAUUUUUAAGUGGUGUACUUCUUGGUUUAGAAGAUGGAUCUGACCACUUUGAUAGAACUAAUUCCUUACUGGAGAAGGUAUGUGAGGGAGUAAGUCCAGAACAUUUCUAUGCAUGUCUGUGGGAUUGUUUAGCUUCAAAUUCUGGAAUUCGGUUACCUGCUAUAUCAUUUGUGUUAGCACAUUUCAAUAAAAAACUGCCAAUGGAAGAACAAAGGUAUAUUAUGGGCACAGACACCAAAAUUAUGGUUACAGCUCUUUGCGCUGGAGUACAAGACAGUUCAGUGUUAGUACAAAGAAGUGCUUUGGACUUGCUGUUAGUUGGUUUUCCUGUACAUAAUAGUCAAUUAACACGCAAACAUAUGGUAUCACUAGUCACAGCUGCUCUUGUCACUAUAUUAAGAAGGGACAUGAGUUUGAAUAGGCGUUUGUUUGCUUGGCUUUUGGGCACUGAAGUAAGCACAUCUAUUUUAAAGAGAAAAAUAGUUACUACAGUCUCAGAGACCACAGAAAAUACACCCACUUAUUUUGAUAUGUAUUCAAAAGAAAUGUUAAUAGAAGCGAUUAAGUCGUUACUAAAAACGGUGUGCGAGGAAAGUCCGCAGGAUUUGAAACCAUACAGAAUAUUAGUGUCGUUACUGGAGAAAGCAGAAAUUGGUCCAGUAAUUCUGGAUGAUAUUUUGUUUGAAGUUUUUAGGACAUUUUAUAACGCUUGUGGACAAUCAAAUAGAGUACCAAAAACUAAUGAGGUAGUGAAGUCAGCAAAUCUAUUGUUUUCAACAUUGGAGCCAUCUUACGUUUGGAUACAUUGCGGACAUUUGUUUGAAAAGGCUUGUCAAACUAGAGCAAAUAGUAAAGAAACGGAAGAUGUUGUUGUAAGGCCUGUAGGUAGUGGGGUGCCAAAUUUCAUGGAAGUGUGCAUAUUAACAGAAUUCCUACUGGACACAGUGUCGUUAGAUGCAUUUAUCGAUACUCCAUCCGAGCACCUACCUGGCUUAUUUUAUGAAAUUGUCAGUAAGCUUUUAUGUUACGUCGAUCUUCUGUCUCCUAUGGAGAUCUCUAGGAGCCUUAGAUUGUGCGCGAAAAUCUUAUCUAAAGUACAACCCACGGUGGUAACCACGCAUACAGACAAAAGUGAUUUGGAAACGAAGUUGGAGACGAUUACAAAUGCUAGCACUACCACAGCGCCAAACGACAACUCCUUAGCUGCAAUUCCCUUAGAGAAGAGUCAAUCUGAUAGUAAAUUAAAUAAACCAGACACGUCAAGUGGUUCAUUCUCUGAGAAGAGCCCAAGUCCGAGAAGAAGAGCAAACUCAGGGGGUGCUGCCAAAAGAUCCGAAAAAAAGUCGAAAAAGAAAUCCAGUAAAAGUACUUCGAAAUUGACUGAUCCUACACAAGACACCAGCAGCAGCAGCAGUAUUUCAGUAGUGGUAAGCCAAGAAUCUAAAGGUUUACCGAGAAACAAAAGCAUGGAUGACAUAAAAAGCGGAUAUAUAGAAGCCAGUAGUAGUAUUAAUUCUCCAUCUAAGGAUCAGUUGACUACGUUGAAGCAGUCAAGUAAAAGUAGCGCAAUGGGUUCGACAGGAUCCCUAGGCAGAGGACCGUCUCCGGCAUUUCAAGCACAGCACACAAUGUUAGAAAAAUGUUUAAGACAGUAUGAGACGUUUUAUGUUAAAUUAGUUAGUAAUAGAGUACUGAGCAAAGAGAGAACGGUACAGGAUAUGUAUGACAACUUGAUAAUACCGUUACCAAGAGAGAGUUUCGACGAAAGAAUGCGUUACUUAGAACUUUUACUGAACUCCAGAUUAAGUAUGGAGGAUUCUGGAUUUUUCAGUCAGGAUGUAUCCGUGAUCGAAGAUCCUAAACGGUUGGAUAUUCUUCAUCUGUAUGUAGACUCUGUACCACAAGCAGAAUGGGAGGAAGCCGUGCGAAUAGCUUCCAGUUUGUUCGUGGAGCUUUCUACAUUUCCUAAAUAUUUUCAUCCUGGCGAUGGAGUAUUAGUGGAAGAAGAACCAACAGGACACAUCAUUCUUCCGGAUUGGUUGAAAGUUUUAGUAGUUUGUAGCUGCUGGUUAGGAAAGCAACCUGCUUUACAAUUAACCAGUAUCGCUACGUUGCUAGAUCUGAUAGCAUUGCUGAAAGCUAACAAUGAUGUCGAGACUUACACAAAAUGCGGGGAGGGUGUAACAGCGGUGAUUAUGGUACCUUUGUUGAAACAAUGGCACAUAACAUAUCUGAUGCAAUAUACCAACGUAUUCCAGGUGUUAGCACAUUCCUUAUGGCAUCAUCUUGGCGAAUUACCUGCUCACAAAUAUAGAAUGCGAUGCGUUGAAUUAUUGCACGAACUUCACCAUGCUUUGCACAAGUCUUGCGAUGCAGUUGAGGACGUAAUAGGAGCUGCACUAACUGCAGAUAAUAUAGAAAAGAGGAUAGAAGCUUUUAACAGAUUUGCCACUCUGUGGCACUUGGGAAGAGAAAUAGAAACUAAUCCUAGACUGCGUGGAUGCAUGAAGUCGUUUGAUCAGUCACUGUUGAAGAUAUUAGAUAAUCUACAACUCGCAGAUAACUCACCUCUAAAAUUACAUGCCCAAUCAUGGCUUCUUCACUCUUUGAUGCGAGGUGAUAUUUCACGAAUAGUGGAUCCGCUACUGAUAAUACUUUUAGAUCCAUCCACUUGUCGUAUGAGUGUUCUCCAUGUCAGUAUACAGCAUAGUAACACGGUCCUGACCAAAAACGAUCCCAUAGAAGAAAAAUCAGAGGUGCAGGACGACACGGAAGGCGCUGCGAAGAUUUAUGCGAUCAGUUCCGUGGAUGGAAAUGUGAUAUAUCACGUCAGUGACAAUGUGGACGAAGAUAAAAAGUGGCGGAAAGGAAAGAAAAAGAAAAAGGCCAUAAACCCUGUCAAAGUGAAACGAAUAUUUGCUGUGACAACAUUAGCUGCUGGUGACAAUUGUAACCAGUACGUGACCGAGAGGAACCAAUUCAUGAAAGAACUCGAGGUACCACCGAGUAUAUCCGGCAACCGAAAGAUUUCUGUAUUCGUCAAUCCUCUAUCCUUAAAUUGUAAUGAAAAUUCGAAUGACUCUUUGACCGAGGAUGAGUCGUUGCCUAGCGUGAAAAAGGUGAAUUUAACUACCGAAUUGUUAAAAAAUGCAACCAGGUUCAAGAAAAUAGAUUUCGAUAAAGGCUCCACGGCUAGCUUGGACGAGAGCCUUUUUGAGUCUGCGAACUCCAGUUCGAAAACAAAAGAGAAGAAUGGAUUUAAAAAGUUAAACGGGGAAGUUAGCUCCUCGCUGGACUCCAUUGCAAAUAGUUUCGAUUCCAGUAGUCCUGAGAUAACUAAUAAGCAAACAAAGCCGAAGAAGGAACCAGUUAUAAUGCCGGGCAGUUCUAGGGAAGUGGCCGGCACUAUCAUCAAGGGUAAAUAUCACAGUACAAAUGAAUUUAUGACAAAUUACGAUGUCCAUGACGUUGGGAGCUUCGAAGCAAGCGUUGAAAUACCGAGUUGGACAAUGGACGACGAAGAAGGUGAUUUAGAAACUAGCACUACCGCUGAGGAAUACUUCAGCCAUUCCAGCAGCAACAGUGUAGUGGAAGAGAUUUUAAAUGAAGUGCUCGACCGUGUGAUGCAACUUUGCGACGUUACUGAGGCAUCAAAAAACACCGACGAAUCUACUGACCAAAAUACAAAAACGGGUCGGAACUAUGGAGUCGGUGUGCAUAAUCUUCACUCGCAUAUGUUACUUUAUUGUGGAGUUUAUGACUCAACCAGAACUCUGUAUGCAUUACGGACCCUUCGUAAUGAGCUCCUGACAAAUACUAGAAUGUUUUUGUGCUGUGCUGCAACUACCGGUGUGUGCAACACUACGAAGAAUACAAUAUUAUUAAAUUUAUUAGCUAGACACCGGAAAAGUGUAUUCGGGAGAAACUUUCACGGGGAUGUAGCGAAUACAGAAUUUAUAGCUGCUUAUAGGAGUAGCAUGUAUUUAGAAGUUCUUAUUAGUGUGUGCCUUUAUUUUGCGAGGAGUUACUAUCCCAAUUUGGGACAGAUGAGACUCACGCACGAAGAGAUUUCAGGAAAUAGACAGGUGCAAUUAGCCAGCGCGGAAUUAUUGACUCUAAUAUUCUCCGAGUUAAUUCCUAUUGUUCGUGAUUCAGGGAAAGGGUUUAGUUGUUACAUCGUUGAUUUAUUAACAAAGUGCAAAGUACAAAAGGUUGCACUACACUGUCUUGUAUCCAGCGUUAUGAAUAUGAAGAACGCACACAAGGAAAACGAGGAGGUGUUCACAUUUACAGAAGAAAUCAUUCUGUUUAAUGAUCCUGUAACAGAUAACGACGUAAAUAAAUGCAAAUAUAGAGCAAGCGAUCACACCGAAGCUUUCCAAAUACAACUACUAAGGCUACUAUUAGCUUUAAUCAUGCUGGAACACCAAUGUGGUAGUCAAAAAGGCGAGGAAAUAUGUACAUCGACUACAUCAACACCGAGUACUCCAACUCGGACUGUUCCUAAUAUCAUGGGAAGUAGUUUGAAAUAUAUACCUGGCGCACCGAUUCCUCAACAACCAAUGUUCCUUGCUAGCAUACUGAGUGCUUUAGAAUUGGACCAUAUGAGACAUUUACAUCAGUUUUGGACGACACUUGUUACAUCAAGUCUUCCUUUUAUGGGGUCCUCGUUAACUAAGAUAGUGACAUCAGUCAUUCAUCAAUUAUGUUGCAACAUCGAACACUUAGCAUCUUAUUAUAUUAAUGAAGAAAGAUCAACAGUGACGAAAUUGCAGGACAUAAGUACAGUCGAAUGUUGUCUUCCUGCAGAUUACACUGUUACCCAUCUAGAAGCCUUAACGUUUUUACUUCAUUAUUGUUUAUUGGACACGUCACAACAAAUCGGCUUUUCGUUUAAUCAGCCUUUCAGUGGUACAAUUCAGACUGGAAUUCCUGGGGCAAAUCCAGGCCAGAUAUUCAACAAUCUUAUUCACGUGUUUAUGCCUAGCCCACUCUCUCCAGACCCUAAUACAUCGAAGGAUAAAAGCGUCGCGAAUGAAUUGCAACAACACGCUAGACGGACCGCUUUAAGUCAUCUACCAAGAAUAAUUGCAUCACUGUCCACUCUAUGGCAAGCUGUGUUAGCAACCACAGACAACGAACAAGCCAGUUGCGUAGUCGGUAGUCCAAGAAUAGUAAAACACCAACUUUUGGAACUACUGUCUCCUAUAUCUUUCCAUCAUGGAGUAAACUUCCUAGCAGCUAUUGCUGUUGCUUGGCAUGAAAGGCGACAGGCUUCUGGUAAUUCGAAAAAGGUACUUCCCGAAGCUUGUCCGAAUCAGCAAGUUAUGGUUCAUUUGGUGAGCGCAAUUCGUGUAAUGCCGAUCGACACUUUGGUUCAAACUGUUCAUCAAGUUGUAAAGAGUCCGCCUCCUAUUCAUGGCGUCAAACAAGAUUUUUCGUUGGAAGUUUCCGUGUUAGAAUUACUUUAUGUCUAUAUGCAAAGUAACACAUCACAAUCCCUAAUUGAAUCUUGGGCAUCUUUGCUUGGUUUACUCAAAGACGGUCUAUCAUUAACGGCGCCUGCUCAGUUUCUUUUGUUAGCAAUCUUAAAUGAGUACGUACAAAAGUGUCCUCCUAUGCAGGAGAAAAAAGAUAUAAGGGAUCUUCAAGACGUAUCUGCGAAGUUGGUCGAAUCAUGUUCACAAAUAGCCGGAGCAUGUCUAGAACAAACAACUUGGCUUAGGAGGAACUUAGCGGUAAGAGAAGACGCCUUCGAAGUGGCUGAAGGAUCUUCGGAAGGUAAAGAAGGCAAAAAUGGUGCUGUUACGCCUGGAACUCCACCGAAUGCUGCAUACAGUGUACAAGCUCAAGCAGUACUAGCAGAAAUACUAGCGCCUUUGUUAGAUGUUAGCUACGGUUCUCAAGAAAAGGAACGCGUAGUAACACUAUUAACCAAUCUUAUGUACAAUGUAACACCGUAUUUAAAAAAUCAUUCGACGAAGAAUAUCGCUUCCUUCACGGCUUGUUCUCAGCUACUAAGCUCCUUAUCUGGUUAUCAAUAUACUAGGAAAGCAUGGCGCAAGGAUGUAUUAGAUCUUCUAUUAGAUUCUGCCUUCUUCCAGAUGACGCCAGCGUGCUUACCAUAUUGGAGGACUAUUAUAGAUAAUUUAAUGACACAUGACAAUACAACAUUUCGAGAUUUAAUGAAUCGAGUUUCGAUGGCUCAGAGUAGUGGUAUCAGUAUAUUCUCCUCGAAAGAGCAGGAAUAUGAACAGAAGGCACAGCUGUUGAAAAGAUUAGCAUAUGUUAUACUUUGCAGUGAAACGGACCAGUAUCAUAAAUAUAUGCCUGAGAUUCAAGAACGUUUAGCAGACAGUUUACGGUUACCGCAAGUGAUUCCAUCUAUUCAAGCACAAGUGUUUCUAUGUUUCCGGGUGUUGCUUUUAAGAAUGUCUCCGCAACACGCCACAUCUUUAUGGCCGGUAAUAGUCAGUGAACUUGUUCAAGUUUUCCUGUACAUUGAACAAGAAUUAAACGCUGAUAGCGAAGAGUUCAGUCGUCAUGGCAGUUCACACAUAAAACUUCUUUCUGCUUUGGAUUCAUCGUGGGCUGUGAAUGUUAGCAAUGGACUUCAGGCACAUGGUCAUCCACACUGGUUACAGUUGCAGCUUGCAGCUGCUAAAUUAUUAGAUCUAGCAUUACUCCUACCUGCACAUAAACUUCCUCAAUUUCAAAUGUAUAGGUGGGCAUUUGUGGGGGACUCUGCAGCAGGAUGUAUGGAUAACAAUAAUUUGUCAUCUGAUUUUGUACCACAUAUUACAAGAAUAGCAAAAUUAAUGGACAGCAAGUAUAAACAAGAGUCAAGCUCUGUAAGCGUAAUACCAGGGGAACUUCUUCUAACCUCCAACAAUAUUCGUUCAUUGCAAGAUUUGCAUUAUUUUUUUACGACACUUAGUCGCAGAUCGAGUGACACUCAAACACCAUUAAAUGUCACACAAUUGGAGACAGUAAUUGAACAAGAUUUUCUUGAGAAGAUGCCUGCAGCAAGGUAGUAGGAGUAUAGUCUCAAUGACGCAGACAAAAAUUGCCUGCUAGACAGAAAAAGAUGAAAGAGGCAUCUGAAUAUCUUUUAUUCUUUGAUAUCUUUUUAAUGCACCAAUUGAGAGAGCAUUAACCGUAUGUAUGAUAAACUGAAAACAAUUUUGUUGGAAAACAUGACCGUCAGAUACUCCUCCACACCCGUACAGUUUCAUUGUAAACUUGUACACUGCAAAUUAAUUAACAUAGAACAUAUGUACUAUAUAGUGACAAUUGAACGAAAUAUUUGAUUUUGAUUAGCUAAGCUUCUAACUUGUCUCCUCAUUCGGUUGUGAAUAGUUAUUAAAAUAUAUGAUACGCCAGGCCAAGGCCUAGCUGGAUUGUAUCUCUAGAAAAUAUCUGUACAGUGUAACAUAACGUUUUAUUGAAAUCGUUAUUUUUUCAACUGAUUCGAGAGUUAUCUGUUUCGUGUUUGUCGUGUGUGUUUCUCUGAUGUCGUGGAAUUUUAGAGGGACAGUGAUGCAGCGAUUGUACAAGAAAACGAGAAUUUUAAUUAUUUUCUUCGGAUUCACAUGUCAAUUCCUAAAAAAUGCCAUACAGCAUGUUCAAUAAAACCGUAUCGAGUCUAUUAUUAUACGUAAGUGAAGUAUAUUAUAAUAUGUCUAUAUAAAGCUUUUGUUUUUCAUUAUCUCUUUUUUUUAUAAUUUAAAUAUUAAAAUGAUGUCCCCAUGUGGAGAACGUGGUUUUUAAGAAGUGUAAAGAUCGGAAAGAAAUUCUCUAUUGUAAUUGGGAAUGUUAAUUAUUCUAUUUGAAAAGUUAAUGUUGCAUAUGAACAAAUGUAACAGAAAAUGCGUUUAUAUAUCUAUCACCUGUGUGAAUAUUAUAUUAAUAUUUAGCUAAAAUUUUUUAUUACUGUUAUUUUUUUCACGAAAGUGUAAACAUAAUAUUUUUAUCGUAUACAUCUGUGAUUCGUUAAAUUUGUAACCGUUUCGUAUUAUGCUUAUAAAUCACUUGUAUGCAGUAAAUAAAAAGUAUAUAAUCUUCACUCAGGUGAUUUAUUAGCUUCCAUGUAAUUAAGAAGAAAUCAACUGGAAAGAAUGAACUUGCUAUGAAAUUAUUUUUCUAUAUACAACACUACAGAUUCUGAAAUGCAAGCAUGCAAGUUUAUAAACAAUUUAUAAAUCUUAUUUAUGAAAUAUUUAUCUGCUAGAGUUGCCAUUUUGAUUUUAAUCGUGUAUAUGUAUGUAUAAAUAUAUGUGUACAUGUAUGCAUACGUAUAUGUGUAUAUGUAUAUAUAUAUAUAUAUUUAUAUAUAUUUGCUAUGUAAUCGCUGAUACAUUAUUACCGCCUUUUUAUGCUGUUUCAUGUUCAUUAGAUGCGAAACAAAUUAACUGAACACGUAUACAUAAAUAUUAAUUGUACACUAUACUCGAUUCGAUGAUAACAAAUUAAAUAAGAAAAGAAAAGUGUAUCUAUGCAAACAAGUAUUAUCAGAUUUUAUAAUUAAUGCUUGUUAUGCGAAUAUUGCAGCAUUUGUUACUUCCUUUUAAGAGGCACUUGUGUACCAAUCAGUUAUCUAGUAUACGCAAUGUGAAUAAUUAAUAAAGUAGGAUGUUGAUAUGCAUUUGUUAUACAUACAAAAUGUAUUUGAAACAACAAUUUCUUAUUUUAAUGUUUCAUUGAAAGAUCUUUAAUUUUCAUAAUAUUUUCAAUUGUUAAUACAAUUCCAUUGAGUAACAUAUACUCUGCAAGAAAUAUUUGCAUUUCUCUUAACAUGAUGGUCCACUUUUUGAGUCACAUUGUGUAAUUAAACUGUUUUUAAAUAUUAUUUCUCUUCUGAAAUAUUUGAAAUUGCUUGAAGAAGUCUUCUACUAGAUCUUGUUUAUAAUUUUAAGAAGUUUUAGCAAAAGAAUUUGUUAACUUAGUAUCUAAUGUGAUAUUUUGAUAUAAAACGAAAACAUUUCUUGCAUCAAACUUGUUCCUUUCCGUUUUUUUUUCAUAAAUAACAGAAGAUUCAAUAAAUUUUCCAAUGAUCCAAGACUUGUGAAACAUGAGAUUGUAAAAACUUGGCAAAUUGCAGAUAAGUGAUAUGUAUACAUACAUAUAUUUAUGUUGAAAUAAUGUAAAUUUAUACAAUAAAUUAACGUUCAAUUAAGUA